UAGCACAAACAAGUAAAUGAAUCUCGCCAGCAGAGGCUUUAGUGUAAACAAAUGGAAUUAUCAUCGUAUGCGGCGAAAAGAUGCAAGAUGACCCGAUCGCACGUAAUAGUCCAGAAGAUGGUGAUACCUCCGAGGAGGGUGAAGAAAGUGACGGUGAUAGUGCCCUUAUCUACGUACCUACGAAUCCCCUCGAAUGGACCACGGAACACAUCCAAUCGUGGGUUCGAUGGCUGUCGAAAAAGUUUCAAAUUUUCCCACCGCUGGAACCGGUGCGAUUCCCGACCAGUGGAGCAGACCUGGCCAAGUUUACCAAGGCGGACUUUUGGGUGUGUGCCGGUUCGAAGGCCGGAGGUAACGCCCUGGCCAGGCACUAUGCCCACCUGCGACAGAUUGGAAGCGGCGGCGUCGAGGACAGCACGCUGGCCAACGACGUUGAUCCCGAGCCAUACCAACUGUUGAACGCUGCAUCUCAUCGUUUGGUAGCACAAGGUGGGCAGAUCCAACUGUGGCAGUUUCUGCUCGAACUGCUCGCUGAUUCGUCGAACGAGCGUUUCAUCCACUGGGAGGGAACCGGCGGAGAGUUUAAGCUCACAGACCCGGACGAGGUGGCCCGGAGGUGGGGAGAGCGGAAGGCAAAGCCCAACAUGAACUACGACAAGCUGAGCCGGGCGUUGAGGUACUACUACGACAAGAACAUUAUGACCAAGGUGCACGGCAAACGGUACGCGUACAAGUUUGACUUUCACGGGCUGAUGGACGCUUGCCGGACCCAGGCACAGCUGGCGGAACCGACCGGCACCGGUUACCGGUAUUCACCCCACCAAAUCGAUUCCUACGGCGCUGGUCCGUCCGAAAGCAGCAGCACGAGCCCCGCGAGAAGCUUCGGAACAACAUCCGGUGGUGCCGCGGCUAGCCCCGAGUCCGUAGGCUCGUCCGGGUCAUCGACGACGGCGACGACAGCUACCUCGCACAUUCCCACCGUCGUGGCCGGUUCCAGCAGCGGAUCCGUGAGAUCACCUAUGCCGAUGCUUCCCUCAUACUGGCCACCCUAUCCGACCUACCACUCGAUGUCAUCGGCGUCGUCGUUGGUCGUACCUGGGGCGUCAUCAGCUGUCACUGGUAAUGUUGUUCCUGUCGUGACGACUUCGGUCAUUCCGACGACGACGACCAGCGCGAGCUCGUCGACGUCAUUCAAUCAGUGAGUUGUAGAGAGAGGGAAUGUGUUAUCUCAAAAUACGCGAUUGAUGUUCCUGAAUUCAAUAACUAAUAAUUCAUACAAGACAAUUCAACAAACAUUCAGUGAUUUUUGAGUGCAUCCAAGGGCAGAAAUAGAAUUUGAUUUUAAUUUGUAAUUUUUUGAAUUGAGUCUAGAAGAUUGUUCAAAGCUUCGGCAGUCCGUGUUUCCGAAAGGUUUCCAUCAAACUUCGAAUACAUUCGGAUAAUCGAGUUGAAUUUUAUUUAUAAUGCAGAAUAUAUGUCAUCCAAUUGAUUUUGCUCAAUUUAUUGAACAGAAAACACGGCGUGUUUUCUAGAACAACCUUAUCAGGAAAAAAUAGUCAUCGCUACUUUC